GACAGUUUUUGCCAUAGCCACCAUCGUCGAGCAGGAUUCGUUUCCUCUAUUCCCAAUACACAGAGUGGGAAAGCCCGAUAAGAGUGAGAAAGGAAGGAAAGCGACUCGGCUAGGGCGGGAGAAACGACGGCGUUUCCCACGUCUCCUUCUCUUGGAGGUACCACUUGCGAGGUACAGGUAAAUGAAGCUGUCCGGAGAAAGUAUGGCGUCCGACGAAGGCACUAGUGACUGCGACGGUGGUCGGACGGUCGUGGUCGGGGUGAAGUUGGAUCCUCGGAGCAGGGAAUUGCUUACAUGGGCCCUCGUCAAAGUGGCGGAGCCUGGUGACCAUGUCAUUGCGCUUCACGUUAUCGGCAGUAUGCCUGCGGGUACGGGAUCGCUCAUCUCUCUUGUAAAUACUUUUGAUUCUGUUCUUGCCGUUUACGAAGGUUUCUGCAACUUGAAGCAGGUUGGUCUCAAGCUGAAAGUAUGUAGAGGUGAGUCAUCUCGGAAACUUCUUGUACGGGAGGCGAAGUCGCUCGGUGCAUCAACUGUAAUUUUGGGGACUUCUAAAACGCAUCAUACAAUCCGGUCAUCGGCAUCCGUUGCCAAGUAUUGUGCAAAAAAACUGCCCAAAUAUAUCUCUGUCUUUGCUGUUGACAAUGGCAAAAUUGCGUUCCACAGAGAGGCUACGAAAAUACGUGCUAUUCAAGAACUGAAUGAAGGCCCGGCUUUAUUACAUAAAUCUUUCAAGCCUUGUACAAAGACAAAUCCCAGGAACUGUGAAAGUUGUGCGAGGGUGUUGGCACUUCCAGAGAGUUCUGCAACUGGAGCUUUGCCUGAUGAUCAGGAAAAGAAUGAUUCACUAGCUUUAGUACCGGUCCAGAAAACUGGUGGUCCUUGGUAUGCAACUGUGGUUCAGGAAUCAAACCAGUCUAAACAUGGUUGGUCUGUCCUUCGCCAGGUAUUUCUGCCCAAAAAGCAUAUACAGAAAUCCUAUGUGAGCAAUCCAUAUGUUUUUCAACGGGUUGUUAAACAGCCCAGCUGGCAUUCAUCAGCUGUAGUCCAUCCAGAUCUUAAACAAAUUAAUAUUGACAAAAAUGACAUUACUACCCUUGAUGGGCAGAGCGGUGCCAUUGUGCCAUUCAGAUCUGCUGCUAACUCUGGCUUGAGCAACUUUCAUGAAGAAUUGUCCAGGUUACAGGAGAAGUACUCAUCCUCAUGCAGAGUAUAUAGUUUCCAAGAACUUGCUUCUGCAACUGCUAACUUCUCGCCUGAUAAUUUGGUUGGCAAAGGUGGCAGUAGCUAUGUUUAUAAAGGAUGUCUUCUAGAUGGCAAGGUGGUGGCCGUAAAAAUUUUGAAGCCAUCAGAAGAUGUGUUCAAAGAGUUUCAGCUGGAAAUUGAGAUCAUCACAACUUUGCAUCAUGAGAACAUAAUAUCUUUAUCUGGGUUUUCUUUUGACGACAAUAACUUGCUUUUGGUUUAUGAUUUUCUAUCAAGAGGAAGCCUAGAAGAGAACAUUCAUGGUGAUAAGAAGGACUGUAAUGUAUUUGGCUGGCAAGAGAGGUAUAAAGUGGCUGUGGGCGUUGCUGAGGCACUGAACUUUCUGCAUAAUGGCUGUGCAUAUGCUGUGAUUCACAGGGAUGUAAAAUCUUCAAACAUCCUUCUUUCAGAUAAUUUUGAGCCUCAGCUCUCCGAUUUUGGGCUUGCCAGUUGGGGUUCUUCUUCAUCCCACGUUACUUGUACUGAUGUGGCUGGAACCUUUGGAUACCUGGCUCCAGAGUACUUUAUGCAUGGUAGGGUAACUGACAGAAUCGAUGUAUAUGCUUUUGGUGUUGUGCUUCUUGAGCUUCUUUCUAGCAGGAAGCCCAUCAAUAACGAAUCCCCUAAGGGCCAGGAGAGUCUUGUGAUGUGGGCAAGACCAAUUCUAAAGGAUGGAAAGCUCUCACAAUUGCUUGAUUCAAGCGUUGGCGAUCCUCAAGAGUGGCUAAUUGACAGAAUGGCUUUGGCUGCUACCCUUUGCCUCCGACGAUCACCUAAAUCUCGACCUCAAAUCGACAUUAUAUUGAAACUUCUGCAUGGUGAUGAGGAAGUGACAAGUUGGGCAAAACAAGAAGUCGGUGCACCAGAAGAACUUGAAGCGUCUGAUGGGGGACUGAAUAAUAUUCAGUCCCAUUUGAACCUUGCUUUGCUGGACCUGGACGAUGAUACAGCUUCUGUCAGUAGCUCUGAGCAGAGUGUCUCGUUGGAGGACUAUUUACAAGGAAGAUGGAGUCGCUCCUCAAGUUUUGAUUAAGCAAUUCAUGGUAGCACUAACUUCAAAGCAACUAUUUCUUUCCAAACUUUUUAUGUUAUCCUGUGCCUUUCCCCUCCCUAGUUUAGAUUUUGAAAGAUCCUGCUGACUGGGUCUUGGAAGAGAGGUCCCAAUAAGAGUAUAUAGCCCCCUCCUUGACUUUGUAGCUCUGCCUGGGUUCAUCAUAAUUCUCCGAGAUGAGUUAAUGAGUCCAGUCCCACGUGUCAUAAAAGCUUGCAAUCGUAUUCCAAGUUUCCGCGGGCUAUUUUGUUGGCCGCUUGAGAGUUGAGAACCAUGAAGAGUGUGUAUACUUGGUCUCCUCUGAUGUGGCAUGCCCAUUUUCUCUUUUCUUUAUCUUUCGGGCAACCAUUAGUUCUUUUUUUUUUUUUGGUUUAAAGCUUCUCACACAAAGAUACGAGAAAGCGCAGCCUUUUUUAUUCUGUUAUGGUAUAAAAUUUUCCUUGAUCACCAUGUAUUCAGUGCACAGGAUAUUGAUAAAUUGGUACACAUGAAUGAAGAAGUUGCACCCUGCACAAAUAUGCAACAUGAUUGAGAUCAAAA